GCAGACCGGACGACGCACUACCUUCCAAACGUACACUAACUUUCAAACGUGUUCUUCCAACAAGAGCGAACCGGGCCUCUUCCGAUAUCCUAACCCUCUGUUAAACUCCUACAUCCGGUCCACUAUUGACCCGUUAUUAAAAGUUUUCGGUAGUUCAUAAAUCAAGCAUGUUAGAUGAUCGAGUCGAGUCAUCGAGAUGACCGUUAAUCGGUCGGUGUUCGCGGUGAAGAACUGAGCGGAUAAGUUUUCGAAUUUGCUUUUUCUCCAAAGGCAAGAGUGCGCGCGUGAUCGGGUGAAAAAGGGGUAGUUGUGUGCUAAUUUGAAAGUGCGAAGGGCCAAUAAUGGAAUCACAAGGACUCAGAACUCUGAGCUUGGUCCUCCUUAUCAGCCUCACAGUCCAAGGUGGGCAUGGAACGGGUUGCGGUUACCCAGGGGCUCCUGCACACAGCAGCGUUCGAUUUACAGGUGUCGAUACCGAUGAUGUGAUCGACGAGGAAGAAAUUUUGCUCAGGGAUUCUUAUUUUCCAAAAGGAUCAGUUGCUACCUAUUCCUGCGAGAGGGGGUUUGAACUUCUUGGACCUGCGCGAAGACAAUGUCAAGCGGAAGGUACCUGGACACCGGAAGGCGUGCCAUUUUGCGUUCUGAACGUAGCUGGUGGAAAGGCGCCGAUGCAGUCAAGCAGUGCGGAUGGCGGAAUUCCACAACGGGCUGUGGAUGGAAGCAGCGGCCAAAUUUAUUCACCACAAACUUGCACUUUGACAAGGCCCGAGCUUAGACCUUGGUGGUAUGUGAAUCUUCUGGAACCUUACAUGGUCCAGUUGGUGCGGCUCGACUUUGGCAAAUCCUGCUGUGGGGACGGUGUUCCUGGUACCAUCGUCGUCAGAGUCGGAAACAAUCGCCCGGAUCUGGGAACUAACCCUAUUUGCAAUCGUUACACGGGGCCUUUGGAAGGAGGACAACCUCUGUUUUUGCCAUGUAAUCCACCUAUGCCUGGGGCUUUCGUGUCUGUGCAUCUUGAAUCUGCUUCACAGAAUCCAAUUCCCGUCCAACUUUCGCUUUGCGAAGCUUUUGUUUAUACUGAUCAGGCACUUCCGAUAGAAAGGUGUCCACAAUUCAGAGAUCAGCCACCAGGAUCAACAGCAACUUAUAAUGGAAAAUGCUACGUUUUCUACAACCGACAGCCAUUAAACUUUAGAGAUGCUCUUGGUUUUUGUAGAUCUAGGGGUGGAUCUCUCGUAGAUGAAAGUAAUCCUGCUCUUCAAGGAUUCAUAUCUUGGGAACUUUGGAGGCGUCAUAGGAGCGACACCUCAAGUCAGUACUGGAUGGGUGCAGUCAGAGAUGAAAAAGACAGAACAGUCUGGAGAUGGGCUGGAAGUGGGGAAGAAAUUUCCGUAUCGUUCUGGAGUUUGCCUCAGGGCAGCGAACAAGAUUGUGCUCGCUAUGACGGAAGUCGUGGGUGGCUUUGGUCAGACACUCCAUGUAACGCAAGACUUAAUUUCAUCUGCCAACAUCAGCCAAGAGCUUGCGGAAGACCUGAACAACCAGCAAAUUCCACCAUGUCAGUUACAAAUCCAUCAGCGAAAAGUGCUGUCAAUACCUAUGAAGUUGGCGCAUCUGUAGAAUAUACUUGCAACCCUGGAAGCCUUCUGAUUGGACCUACGACACGUACUUGUCUUGACACUGGAUUUUAUAACGAGUUUCCUCCAGUUUGUAAAAAUAUUGAAUGCGGAUAUCCUGCUAGUAUAUUGAACGGAGAGUAUUCCUUGAUCAACAACACUGUCAGCUAUUUGAGUCAAGUCCUCUAUACAUGUGAAGAGGGUUACGAGAUGACCGGCCGUGCACGACUGACUUGUGACAUUGAUGAAAGAUGGAAUGGACCACCACCUCACUGCGAACCAGUUCGUUGCGAAUCACCACCUGUUGUAGCACACAGCAAUAUUCAAAUGGAUGACGGUACAAGUGAAAAAUCUUCAAGCUCAGGAAGCAAUAAUCGAAGCGUAAUAGUUGGUACCAUCGUCUUAUACACUUGUGAAAAAGGAUAUCUACUGACAGGACAUCGACAAAUUCUCUGCUUACCUACUGGAUCUUACGACCAUGCUCCACCUUCUUGCACUGAUGAUUCACAAAGCACUCCUGCACCAACUAGAUCAACACACAGACCAGUAAGUACCAGAGGUAAAACACCCUUCUUCCCAACUAGAUUCAGAACAACAACCACACCAACAACCAGUACUUCAAGUUUUGUGCCAUCCCGAAGAGUCCCUCCCACCAAUUCAGAGCUUCCAGCGACAGUCAGAGAAACAAUACAGAGGAAAUCUUCAAUUGGUUUGCAAAAGCCAGCUUCUUCGCCAGGUCCGAACGAUGGAAGCAGUGAUCAUCCUCAAGAUAAUGAAAUUUCUGGAAGUGGAGUAGACAACAGGGAAGCAGCACUUGACUCUGGAGUUCCAGAGCCUAAUGGUCCAUUCCGAGUAAACAAUGCUGAUCAGCCCACCCAUCAAGCGAAAUUGCACCUGGGUGCUGUUAUAGCUUUGGGUGUUUUUGGAGGAUUCGUUUUCCUCGCAGCAGUCAUUACGACAGUUGUGAUCCUCAUUCGCAGGAAUCGUGGCAGAGGCGGUAAACACUACCGGCAUCGAGCUUCACCCGAUUGCAACACAGUGGCCAGUUUCGACAGCAGUUCUUCUGAAAGUCGUGGUGGUCUGAACAGAUAUUAUCGCCAGGCUUGGGAGAAUCUCCACGAAACAGCUGGUCACAAAGCCAACCACGCUCCUCUUCGUCGCAAGGAAACCCUGGAUGAACCAGGAUAUCGAGAAAACUAUCGUGGAAGUAAUACCGAACGUGACGGUUCCGAACUCGUCGUCAGUGACGUAGCUGCUUAUCCAUCAGGCAAACAAGCCAGCAUGUCUGAUAAAAAACGUCACCAUCAUCAUCACCAUCAUCAUCAUGGCACGCCCGAAUGGAGACAAUCCCAGUCUCACCAUAGAUACUAAGUGAAUUUUACUCUACUCCCAGAGAACAAAUUCUUACUUUUGAAAUAUUCUUCAAAAUCUCGGGCAAAUAUUUACUCUAGGAAGCACAACUUUUCGAAGAGGAAAGUAAAAUCGAAUUCGCGAGAGAUAAUUAACUGGAUCGAUGAUUUGGAAGAAUAUUCUAAAAGCUAGGGAACAUGCAGAGAUACUUUUUCUCUCUUCGAACUUAAGGGUUCGAAUUAGACGACCAAUGUAAUUUUAAUCCUAGAGAAUAUUCCGACGUCGUAAAUUUCGUCAGAAACGAAAUAGGGUCCGACGUGGUUUCUAACGUAGUUUACGACUUAGGCCAACAAUUUGGUUCAAAUCAUGGUUUUAUUUAUUUUUUUUUUUAAGGGACCUAGUUUCAUAAAAAAAUCCUAUUGGUUUAAUACUC